UGGGCGGGCGGCGCGGCGCUGACGUCACGGGCGGCGCUGAGGCGGCGCUGGGGCGGGCGGCGCGCGGUCAGUGCGUGCCCGGCCGCCCGCCAGCCAUGUCGCGACAGAGCCCUCAGGAGGAGAACCUGCAGGGGUCCUGGGUGGAGCUGCACUUCAGCAGCAAUGGCAGCAGCAGCUCCGUGUCCACGGGCAGCCAGGAGCAGGUGCCAGCCUCGCUGUCCAUCCACAACGGGGACAUGGAGAAGAUCCUGCUGGACGCCCAGCACGAGUCGGGCAGGAGCAGCUCCAGGGAGAGCUCCCACUGUGACAGCCCUCCUCGCUCCCAGACCCCCCAGGACAGCCACAGAGCUCUGGAGAUAGAGAGCCACAGCAGUGGGGAGAAGAACAGCUUCCAGUCUGAGGAGGAUUUCCUGGAGAGGAGGAGGGAGGUGGAGCGGCUGCUGCGGAGGAACGCGGAUUGGAUCUGGGACUGGUCCAGCCGGCCCGAGAACAUCCCGCCCAAGGAAUUCCUCUUCAAGCACCCCCGGCGCACAGCCACGCUCAGCAUGAGGAACACCAGCGUCAUGAAGAAAGGGGGGAUAUUCUCUGCGGAAUUCCUGAAGGUGUUCCUCCCAUCCCUGCUGCUCUCUCACCUGCUGGCCAUUGGACUGGGGAUUUACAUCGGGAGGCGCCUGACCACCACGGCUUCCAGCAGCACCUUCUAGCGGCGGCGGCGGGGCCGGAGCGCAGGAGGAGCCCAGGAGGGGAGCCGGUCGCGGCGCCGCGCGUGUGUCCUGUCCGUGUCCUGUUCUAGUUUAGUCUGAACACGGGAAGGGAGACGCCGGAGCUCCCGUGUCACAUAGAGCCUUCUGGAUCAACCCCCGCUGGAUCAGCCCCGCGAGCGCGUGGCCGACGCUGCAACGUCCCGUAGUGCUUUGUAGUGCAGUAGUGAGCGUUAGAGCAGCUCCGUGUUUAGUCAGCCCCAGCUUUCAGCAGCCCCUGUGCUGGGCCGUGCCCGCGGUGGGAAGGCUGGCGCUGCUCCUGCAGCCCCCGAGGCAGGCAGGGAUGAGCCCAGGCUGCGGUGGCCUUUCAGACGAUCCGGGAGUUGCCAGGGGCUCUCCUGCCCCGGCAGCUUUCCCUCUGGUAGGUGUUGCUUGGUUCACGGGUGGGAGGUGAAGGUGUCGAGACACAGAGGUGAGCACGUGGGUAAAACUCCGUCGGUUUGUCCCAGUUCAGAGGCAGGGUUUGGAUUUAGUGCCUACUAAAAGCUGCUUGUGCCAGGACAUUUAUUUAACCGCAGCAGUUACUGCAGGGUCUGUCGCUUACAGGCUUUUCCUGUCCCACAUCAAUCUGCACAUGAACCACAGGGUGGCUUCUCCUUGGUUUUUACUGAUGCAAUGCCUUUCCCUCCCGUGAUUUUACCUUAUUUAAUGAGAAGAUGAAUGUUUGCCAAAAUACCAUGUUUUAUAUAUUUAAAUAAAAAGGUUCCUGGUGAA